AUGGAGGACUCGUACAAUCACCCAGUGAAACGUGCCCAAACGUCUCUGUACGGCUGCUCCGCUCGCUCCCGCGUCCCUCCCUCCCUCGGCAUCGCAUUAAGCGCGCAGGCCCAGCCGACGACGACCUAUCAAGUCAACGUGAGCCGGAAGAAGACGAGAAAAUGGGUCGAGGCCAAGGUCCAGAACUAUGACGGCGACGACUGGGGAGCUGACGAGUUCGACGAAGAGUCUGACCAGGAGCCUGUGCCGCCUCCGCCAAUCAACCCUUCGCUGCGCACGUUCUCCGGCACCGACCUGCUACACUCUCGGCACAAUACCCCCAGCCCAGCAUCGAGUCUGAGUGCGCUGCCGUCGCUGCGAACACAGGCCCAGCAGUCGCAGCAGCAGCCUGCCGCAGUACCACCGCCAGCCGGCCAGCCACCGCGGAUAGGAGUCUCUUCUCCCGACGUAUCAGACGUCUCGAUUCGCAGCGCCUCCGAGUCCAUUGCCAGUGGCCAUGCUGUAUCACCGCAGUCCGUGACCGCCUCCCACGGACGUGACGGCGAUAGCAACCUGUCGCUAGCCGGUAUCGCCCAGCUACCUUCGCACACGCAGCUACAAGAUCAGCAACAACAAGGUCCCGGCGGCUAUGAUGUGUCACGGUCUUCCAGCUUUGAGCGCUCUAUAAAGCCCACGCCCACGCCCACGCCUCCUGUUGGCAAUCGCUCUUUGUCGCCCCAUAUCUCCGCACCGUCGGCACCACCUGCAGAUCAACCUCCCCCCAUCAUCUACUCGCCCGAUAACUACAGCCGUCUCAACGAUGACAACGAGCAUCAACCUUUAGCACCGGCUCCUGUUAUACCCUCAACCAGUGGAGGUUGGUCCGGAUCUGCCCCCCAACCACUGUCUGGCGCGGAUAGGCGUGACACUUGGGAAAGAGACGACGGUUCCCUUCAUGCUGGCCAGUCGGACAAUCAAACAGCUCGUCUGGAUAUUGAGUCUCAAGCUGGGAUUGAUCGCGGACGCAUGUCCGUUAGCCCCAAGCUGCCAGACCUUGCUCGCAUGUCCGCCUUUGGCGCUGACCUAUUCUCUUCUUCGGCAAGCCAAAACGCGCCAAAUAUUCCUCCGGUGAUUGAAUCUAGCCCCGACAUCCCCAGUGCCAACCAGUCGCGCUGGAAGCCCCCUGCGGUGCCGGCCGAGGAAGAGGAUCACUCCGAAGCGCCAGGAGGCGCUCCUCUUUCUCAACCAAACAAUCUGUUUCCUGGCAGGAAUCUUCCGGACAUUCCCCCUUUGCGAACCCCUAGCCCCCAUGAGACGCACGCUGCAGAUGCCUUGUUUGAUUCUCAAGGUACCAAAAUUACCCCUACGGAGCCUCUUCAGCCUGGCAGGGGAGAAACUCUGCCUGAUUUGGAUGGACCUCAGUCGUUCCACAGAGUGCAGACUUACAGCACGGCCGAAUCAUCUCCUCUGAAGGACAGUCCGGUGAAGGAGAGCGACGUCCUCAGUGAUGAGAUUAUGCGGACGCUCAGCCCCUCUGGCGCGACUCCUGCCGAAGUCAAGCUUAGUGACGGCCCCCAGCUGCACCCUCCGGGGGACCGCAGUGCCGUCAGAGAGAGCAGCUAUACACUGAUGGACUAUGACAGCUACUGGGCAGACACCGGGGACGAUCCGAGUCUAGGCCAUGAACAUCUGCCAGUGCCGCCGCCCGAGGAUCUCCAGAGCACACCGUCGGCUCCGGAGACGGAGCCUGCUCAUUCGGCCCAGCCAGGACUGCAGUUGGCCACGAAUUCCACGCCUCCGCCUCCGGCAGCGACUACGGUUACCUUUGAUUCGAUUUUGUCUCCUCAGCAGUCUCAGCAAUUGCUCAAAGAACAGCCAGAACAGCAGAAUGAACAGCAACCGCCGUCGACUCUUAGACGCAGAUUCUCCUGGGAGGCCGAAGAGGAACAGCGCACUCCUACUCCCACGACUCCGGCUCAGGCAACGGGCGAUGGCUCAUCUGCUCCCGCGCUUCACCUGAGACCGUUUGAGCCGUCCGUGACGAACGUGGGUAACGAAUCUCGUAGCCAUAGCCCUGUUUCUCAGCUGUCGCAGGCACCACCAGCAGCGACGGGAUCCGGCUCGGGAGGCCUGGCGCUGCAGACUUCAGGUGCUCUGCCAGGACAUGAUCCAUCGCUUCCUGAGCCUCCGUCUCCCGUAUCUGUGUCGGUGAAGAGCGACAGGCCGUCCACCACGGCUCGCGACCAGGCGCGGUUGUCCAUCGCCGAAGAAAAGCUGCUCGCAGAACAGGGUGCCAUCAGUUUGGUGACAGGAACUCCACCUCCGCCCCCGGAAUCUCACCCGGCCGUGUCUUCACCGACUUCUGCAGCAUCCGUGCCGGCUCCACAAGCCCCUGCCCCUAAUCCAAACCCGCAUGCACAGACCAAAGCCAUGAGCUUCCGAGAGAUCAUGGGGCUGUCGACGCCCGCAGAGAGGAUCGCAAAAUACAAUGAGGCUCGCCAGGCUCUGGCUGCAAGAGACUCUGGCCUGCAGAGCUGGCUACUGUAUAUGACCACUGAGCAUCCCGACCUUUCGGCAUCCAUCUCUGCUCCGGGCGGCCACUUGAUAUCUCAAGCGACCAACGACGCCUCCUUGCCGGCCGGGUCUCAAAUCUCAAGCCAGCAACAGCCCUAUUACCAGCAAUAUCUUAACGCUAGCUCGCCCAGCACGUCUGUGCCACAAGUCGGAGGGGGUGGAGGUGGCGGUAGCGGAGGCGGUGGUGGCCGCUCGAGGUUGGGUGGACUGUCGAUGCCAUCCCAGAUGUCUGGCAGUGCCUUUGGCCAUUCGGGCAACCAGAUCGGCACCAAGAGCAAGGAAUUCAUGCAUUCGGCUGGAAAGAUGGGCAAGGGACUGUUGAGCAAGGGCAAAAGCAAACUGCGCGGAAGCGGGGACAAGGUUGAUAUCAUCACUCCGGACCAUCCGACCCCGAACAAAGCACAGCGACGAUCGACCUGGCGCUUUAGCCUCGAACCAAGACCCCGAGAAGACGAUCCUGCCCCACAUUCCAGCGAUGACAUCUCCACGACACCGCCACAGCUGCCCGACCCGUCCCCGGUCUCCCCCUUGGAUGCUGCAUCUGGCCCCGGAUCCGCCUUUCCGUGGAGUGUCUCGAAUGACAACACGCCAGACCUCGACCCGUCAGCCGUGAAGCAGCCUGGCGAGGAACACGUCAGACCGGGCCAAUUAUCAACCGCCAGCAAUUUCUUCCACGGGCCUCAUGCGUCAGCCGAUGAAGGAGAGAACCUGUUCUCUACUGGCCAAAGAAUCUCCGACUCGACUCCGGAUACAGUGACGCCGGAUGAUUGGGUCAUGGUUCAGCAUCAGGGUGAACGGAGCCGGGCCAACAGAAUGUCUUCGUCCUUCAGAGCAAUGGUGAAUACCAGUUCCGCUCCCGCAAUUGGCCCUGGAGCCGACCAUGACGCGGCCCAGCCACAAACUCAAAUUCAAGGCCAACCCCCCAUUCAGAACCUGCCCCUGGACGGAUCGGGUGCGCCAAAGCGCAACUCGUCUUUCAUCGGCUUGCCGCCCAUCAGGAGGGGCUCGACGUUUGGCACAAAAUCAAAGGCACGGAGGGCUUCUGAACGCUUUGCCCUAGACGAUGACGAGGAUGUCGGCGGCUUGGGAGGUGAUGGUGCUGACCUUAACGCCUCUCUCUUCUCCCCUGUCGGCGCCGUCGAUGCGUCGAAGCAGGAUAUAGAGGCAGUGACAGGUGCAGACCCGAGAUUUGGCCCGGAACAAACUACCAACGCAGGCCAUCUCCAUUAUCCCCAUCACCCUCAUCCACAGCAGCCUCAACAACCUCACCAUGCAGGGCAACAGCAGCAACAGAGGGAGCAUUUUCCUGGUGAGCAUGGACCUCAGUUUGUCCCGGCCGCGCCUAUGCUAGGUAGCCUAGUUCAGAAACUGCCCCCCGCCGGCCCGUGGAAGCUCGAAGAGAGUCACCUGGCCGAGCCACUUCAUCUCACCAAAAAGCGCUCUGGCACAGACUUUGCUCAGCAGAAUGCCUACUAUGGCUACGACAAGGAACUUGGAUUGGAAUUCCCGGCCGCCCCGGUGCCUGCUCCCCAGGGCCCGCCUGCUCGAUUCAGAAGCGAUGUGCCUCCAUCGUCUGCUCGACGCUAUCCCGAGCUGUUUCAGCUAUCUCACGGCCAGGAUCCGCGGCAACAUAACCGCGGUCAAGGAUUCCCGCCCCAAAUGCAGAACCGCCCGCCUAGAGAGGGAGCAGCCGCUCCACGACAGCAACAAGGAGGGCCGGAGUCCGACGAUCGUGGACGCAGGAGGAACUCGGGCAUAUUCAAGGAAAUUGGAACCCGGCUUGCGAGGGCUACUUCGCGAGAACGCCGAGGCUCUGUCACCGAAGCCAGACCCCCCUCCUUGCAGCUUCGAGGGGAUGAGGUUUCGGAAACUAGUGUGGCCACGGAGGAUACCGCUGAUCGCAGGAAGAAGCGGGCCAGCUUCCUUGGCUUCUCUGGUCGUCCUUCGUCAACCGAACAGGCGAUUCGGAGGGAAGAGGACACGACCCACCAAGCGCGUCAGCGAGAUACACGGUCGGCUGGCGGCGAGCCGCCCGCUGAUCCUCGUGAGGAGCGUAAGCGCGCCUUCUUUGGUGCUGGACAGUUCAGGAUAGGCCCGGGGAACUUCUCUCGCUCAUCCACUUCGAACGCCGCCUUUGAGUCUGCUGGUGAUGGCCGAGACGGCGGGGCUGCGCAUAAGAGACGGAUAUCCGAUAUUGCCAAAGUGUCAGGAAUCACAGGCCUAUUCUCUCGCUCUCGCCAAGAUCGUGCUUCACUGGGCGCGAUACCCAGGCAGCACACUGAUGACCACAGGCAAACUUCCCAGACACAGGACCAGGCGGCCGCUGUUUUUCGGCCGUCCAUUCAACUACCCUCUUUGGAUUUUGCUUCAGAUCGACUAGGUUCCAUGUCGAGCCUAGGGUUUGAAGAGUCUUUUCAGAACUACGGCCGCGAGGAGGAGGAGGAGGAGGGGGAGGAGAGUAAGCAGCAGCGGCAGCAGCAACAUGCGCUCGAACAGCCUACGCAGAUACCAUUUGGUAAUUCUAAAGCCUCCCCUGCAGCUAAUGGCCAGGAGAAAUCAUCUGCCUCGCUAGGGUUUGCCUUGCCUCAAAUCACGCCGCUGUCACAGAUCAUGGCUCUGGAUUCCGGACGACAGACAGCUCAAAACAACCACCAGCCCCCGCUCUCCACCACUACCCCAGUGGCUCGUGCCGUCAUCCCACAGACAGGUCCGCAGGUUGGGAACUUGGCUGCUGCAGAGGGCCGGCGGGUUUCUGGAGACGUGGCUCUGGAGACUCUGGAGACCUCGCCCACGUCUCAAGUGGGGUCUACGACGGGGGAAAAGACUCCAAGGGCCCAAGAGUUUGCGUUUCAGGAGAAAAUGCCGCCCCUCUCUGUUAAGAGGGAUGAUGUUAGCGAAGAAGAUGUGCUGAGAUCACAGACAGUAUCCCCGGAUAUAUCCAUUGUAUCCACGUCCAAAACCGAAGAGCAAGCCAUCGUUCAACCACAAAGCCGUACUUCGGAGCACGACGAGAUUGUCGAGGGCGUUCUGAUUACUCCUCCUCCCGAGGCACCUCCUCUGGCCUCGGACUCUGACCUUGCUGCUGGCCGUUCUGUCAUUCACCACACUGUUUCUCACAACAUACCUCCACCAUCGGUCCACUCUUUCCCAUCUGUUUCUUCUCUCCGCGAGAGAUCCGAUGUCAAGUCUGUUCUGCAGGGAGAAAGCUCUGUGCAUCAAGCCGAAGGUAGUGUGGCUCUAUCUCCGGAGCCUUCGCCGCAAGUUGCAAAGUCUCAGGUGUCGAGCAAAGCCGCAACGCCGGUAUCUCGACAUGAACAGCUUCAUUCGCCAGCCUCGGCGGCCGUCAACCCGCCGGAUACGCAAAACACUGAGCCUCCAGCCACUCCUCGGUCUCACACCAGAUCCGAGCCUCAGCAGCAUCUUGUUGACACAGCAGAGCAGCGGAACUUCCCUACUUCGGCAUCCCCCCUGCUUGCAGGUACGCAGGCACCACAGCAGCUGCGGCCUCAAUACCCACCUUCGGCGAGCCUGUCCAAUGCAUCUGUCGCUUCAGAUAUGUCGACAACAAUGCACCCAGUUCGAUCUGUGCCGCAACACUUGACCCCAGGACUUCCUGGGCCACUCGGGCGAGCGUCUACCCAACCCCAAGAGGCUGCAACACAACAGAAAGACGGCCAAGCAUCACGUUGGAAAGGACUUAGAAACCGAAUGACGGAGCAAAUCUCCCAAAGGACUCAGCAGCCGCAGCAACAGCAGCAGCAGCAGCAGCAGCAGCAUCCACAGCAACAGAGCCUGAACCCCGGCCAGAACAAGACUGCUGUGGCGGACAAGAUCAGGGGCAACAAGUUGCUUGGCGCCCUCAGGCGAACGCCCAAACAGGUAGAGAGCACGCAGACUCAGGGCAGCGUGCAGCCACCUCCCGGGCAGUCACAAAACCCGGGCUCCCAUACUUACACUCAAGGAUAUCAGCUGCAGCCAGGACAAAUACAGGGGCCGCGCCCUGAUGCUAUGCCGGCCAACAAUGGCCAAUAUCUGCAGGCAUCUGGACAGCCCCCCAAUCUUCCUAGAGCCAAGACGAUGUCUCCUGUGCCUCCACAGCAGAGUGCGCCGCCUCGAAUUCAGACUCGCUCAUCAGAGCCGCGUUAUGAGACGGUACCUAUUCCCAGGGGAUAUGCGGCGGUGCAUGGCGAGGGCACUACAAUACCGUCGCCAUACCACCAGAACCUUCGACGUCAAAUGCCGCCCGGUCAGUUUGCUCCCCAGCCACAGCAACUGCACCCAUUGCAGCAACACCCUCGUCCCUAUCCACAUGUACAACCACAGCAGGGAUGGCAGGCUGGCCAUCCUCCUCUCAUGUCCAAUUACCAGCUUCAGACCUUGCAAUCGCCAUCCCUCCGGACGGCUCAAGGCCCAGUAUCAGCACCUGUGCCGAAUGAGAGGUCUUCUCAUAUGAGGGUUUUCUCUGAUUCACGGGCCGACUAUUAUGAUGCCCGUAGCACGGGUUCAUUCAACACGCAGUUGAGUCAGCACAACAGGCACAGCUCUCAGGGGAGUUACGCCAGCAAACUUGAGCCGCGGCCCACCACCGGUUCGGGCAGCAACCUUGGAGUGUCGCAUCCAGGAAGCCCACAGCCGUCCGAGAAAGGGAAUCCGUCUGUUGUGGACGGCACUCGAUCUGCUCCACGAAGCCCAGCUGUGUCGGUAGGAGCCGAUCAGAAGCCUGGCAUCAAGCCCGAGCCCAAUUCGGAAGUGACAGCUGAGCCAACUCCGGCUUUGAACCUUGACAUAGAUGUCGAGAAAGCUCGGCAAUUGGUGGAGGAGAAUCUCUACGAUGCUACGCCCAAGGUAGUGCCCGGCGCUGCAGAUAAGUCGUCUGGCAGCUCUGAGGCAGUGCCAAAGGAAGAGGCAGAAACCUCGAAAGCGGCGGAGGUCAAGCCAGAUCUGCCGCCGGCAAGCACCGGUGUGGUGGCUGAGCUGGAAGAUACUGAAGAAGCACGAAAGCGAGCCAUUAGACUGGCAUCCCAAGAGGAGAAGAUUUACUACGAGCCAGAGGAUUUUGAGCCCAAGAUGAGCGCAACGAGCUAUCCCGGACAAGAAUGGAAUCCGUUCGGCGAGCCGGAAUUUGCAGAUUGGAAGGAAGAUUGAUGAAGGGGGCUCCUGGGUCGCUCGUGGAUACGAUAUGAGCACAGGUAUAUAUGAUUAGACGUGGAAGAGUGGUCUUUUCGUUGUUCCUUUGUUCAUCUCGAUACUUGUCUUGUCGAAACGGAGCACACGUGUCAUUUCAGAUACCCCAUGCACUUUCAUUUGUUCAUAUGCAUUGCUGCGGAAGCAAGCGAGCGAGCGAGCGAUGUC